AAAAGAGAGCACACUGGACUACUGUUUCUGUUUCCAGGGCUGGUGUCAAGGCUGCCAGAAAGCUGUGGAUUCAUUGCCCCGGGGAGAAUGCGCUUACUUUAUACCCAGAAGUGUUAAUUCUGUCUCCCUGCAGCGAGCUUCACAGUGUUCUAUUGAAAGAGCACAGGACUCCAGCUUCUUAACUGCCGACUUGUCUGACGUACGGUAGUGACGAGCAGGGCCUUUUCAGGCUGCAGACCCCGCCUAAAGGUCAGUGGAAAACUAGCUGUCGAGACACUGUACUCCAUCACAAAGACUCGACUGAGAUCUCUCUCACAGCCCAUUUCUCACACAAAGGCUGAAUGGGCUCGUAGUUGGGGGUGAGUGAAAGACAGAGAGAGAGAGUGAGUGAGAGAGAGGGGGGGGUGCGAAAGAAAGGCCCCCUUGCACCUUUUCACUUCUUUGGGACGCAACAAUGGCCUUUGUCCACAAUGUCCCUCCAUUCUUAUUGGGGUUACUGCAGGGAAGGGAGGUGGUGGGGCUGCCUCUCCAUAGUAACAGUGACAAAACAAGCCAGCCGAAGACGAGAGAGGGACUUAAACACUUGCUGCUCACCACUGACAGAUCCUCUAUGUUUCAAUGAAUAAACCUUAAAGAGCGUACAGGAGAAGAGGAAGAAAGGAGCAUCACAGUGAAAAGGAAUGUGAAUAUAAGGUACAAGAUCUGCAAGACAGGAGAAGAAGAGGUGAGAAGGGAUAAAGACAAAAAAGACCCUGAUGAAAGACACUGGACCGAAGAUGUGCAUGUGAGUAGUGGUAAAGCAGGCAGUCCCUUGAGGAGGGCCAAUAGUGGCACCACCACUAGGGUAUCUUCUCACACAGCCUUCAUUCAUUGUUCUUGCUCUUGUGGACAUUACCAUGAAUCCGGAGACUCAGUACGAGGACUCAGUGUCCAUUAUGGUUCUGGAGAACAUCAAGAAUAAACUUCUGCACGCCUUCAGAACGACAGCAGAGCCAAGAGCCUCCUCUGAAAGCAGCACAGAUCCGAGCACCGCCGGCAGGAGCUUCCAGGCUAAUGAAGAGCUACGCAGAGCCAAGAUAGAUGGAGCAAUUAGCUGGUUACGAUCAGAACUGCUGGAGAUGCGCUUGCAGGACCGACAGCUGGCUCAGACUCUGCUGGGCCUCAACACGGAGAUCCAGAGACUGCGGCGGGAGAGUGGCCCAAUUCUGCUGGACACUAACAGCAGUGACCAGCACUGACCAAGCACCAAAGAACCAGAGAUUUCACCCAUCAGCUGAACAAAUGCAGCUCUAAAGCUCCAUUCCCUCUGCUUUUUAAAAUACUCUUCAAAUGAUGGUUCCUAUGUGGCUCUUAGAUUAGAUGUACUGGCAAAAAUCUCCACAAUGGAAUUCUGAUUUUCUGCAUAAUUAAACCAAUAAGAUAGACAAAGUCAUUCAGAUGUUUGAUGGGAAAUGCGUCACUCUAGAGAAAAUUACAUAGUUCAUGAUGCUGAAAGGAACCAGACGUCUGAAGAGUUUAAUUUCUCUAAAAGCCCCUCAUGGAAAAUUAUUACAUGAAAUGAUUAUGAGAAGUGCAUGGUGCUGUAACAUAAAACGUGCUCAAAGGGAACAUAUUUUUAAGGAUUUAUCAUUUUCUUUAUCAACAUUAGAUAUUAAAAGAUCCACUGGUCAUUUUGGAUGGUAAAUAAAAUGGCCUUAUUUGUGUUGUAGACAUCAGGGCUGUGAUUUCUUACCUCCACUGAUAGCAAGUCUCGAACGAAAUCAAAUCACUCUGAAUGACUUUGUUCUCAAAGACUGGAUUAUGUAGAAAUUUAGAAAAAUCCUGGCAAUUCCCUUUUAAUUUAUAUAAAACUUUCAUUGCUGUCCAAAAAAAAAAAUCUUCACUCAUUGAAAGUACACAAUGUUUUUCCCCUUUCCUGUAAAGUUACAAUUUUGGAGACACUUGUUUUCUUUGGGCAGCAAUGCUUUAAAUAACGUGGAGGAUCUUUAAACUUCACACAUCUCAUUUUCAAAAAUAAUUCUGUGAAGAACCAUCUACUGAAAGGUUCAUUAAGGAAUCAAAAGUGGUUCCUCUAUGGCAUCGCUCUGAAGAAUGCUUUCUGGCAGCUUUCUUUUAAAUGGUUUGCUUGUUUGUUCUUUUGUAAGAAAUUCCUUUCUUUGCAUGUUGUGAGAUUGCUUAUGAAACACAUGAAGCAUGCUUUAUUAUGUAACAGAAAAUGUAUGAUAAAUGAAAUGAUGAGCAUGAUCUCGUUCAUUGUGAGACUGCCUGAUUACAAUCUGAAUGUAGAAGUGAUAAUAUCACUUUUGAAUGUCAGUUUGAGUGAUUGGGCUAUUGUAUAAUAAAGCCUACUCAAAGCCUGUCAUACAGUGGGUGCCAUAAUAUACACUGGUGGCUUGUGUAAUAAAAUUCAAGCAGGACAAUAAAUUUACAGGGCAAUAUAUUGUCAUGUCCAAAAAAAAAAGUAUCUCAAUUUUUGUUGAUUCUAUCACUUUUCUGUCAUUUGAGCACAGCAGUUUCCACAGCAGUGUGUGAAAAUUUCAUGAUGGCCCAAUAGAAAUGCUUCAAAAAUGACCUAGAAUAAAAUCUCUUGACAUGAACUUACACUGAAAGUAAAGAACGUUUUUGCCUUCUCAUAUAAAGUUGCCAGAUACUUGGUUCCCUUUGGACAGCAACGAUAUAUUUAUCCAUAAAGUAUGCUAUGUUGUAAAUCAGUUUUGCUGAAUAAAACACAUUGCCAAACCAA